AUGGGCGCCGCCGCCAACAACCACGAGGAGGAGUCGAACCCCCUCAUCCCAGCCGCCGUCGCCGCCGCCCCCGCGGACGAGAAGCCCCCGCAGGCUCCGGCGCCGGAGGCCGCCAAGUGCUAUGCCGACGGGGUCCCGGUCGUCAUGGGCGAGCCCGUGUUGGCCCACGCCUUUGGCGGCCUCCCGCGGGAGAGCUGGAACUCCGGGAUCCUCUCCUGCCUCGGCCGCAACGACGAGUUCUGCAGCAGCGACGUCGAAGUGUGUCUUCUUGGAACAGUAGCACCAUGUGUGCUCUAUGGUAGUAAUGUUGAGAGGCUUGCUGCUGGACAAGGCACAUUUGCAAACAGCUGCUUGCCUUACACUGGCCUGUAUAUGCUUGGGAACUCUCUCUUUGGGUGGAACUGCCUUGCCCCAUGGUUCUCUCAUCCCACUCGUACUGCUAUUCGACGACGCUACAAUCUUGAGGGUAACUUUGAGGCUUUCACCAGGCAAUGUGGGUGCUGCGGCAGUCUGGUCGAGGACGAGGAGAGGCGUGAGCACCUAGAGGCUGUCUGUGACCUUGCUACCCACUACCUCUGCCACCCUUGCGCCCUCUGCCAGGAGGGACGUGAGCUGCGCCGCAGGGUUCCCCACCCUGGAUUCAACAAUGGACACUCCGUCUUUGUCAUGAUGCCACCCAUGGAGCAGACCAUGGGGCGUGGCAUGUGA